CCCUUGUCACACAGAAGACGCACGAGAGCACCGCCAUCUUGUGGAUGUCAAAGACAAAACAGUGGAAGGGAUCACUCGGAAAUUGGGUGUUUAUUGCGUAUAUAGGCCAUUUAUUGGCCUGUAGAAGCAUGAAUGCCUCUCUCAAGCACUAAUAAGCCCAAUCUGCAAGACGAGCAGAAGUUUAACGACGAGGACAACCGGAAGAAGCGAAAGUUGAGCGAGGGCAUAUCGCCUCCGAAUCACAAAAGGGCUCGUGAAAACAUUGAGGAUUCGCAGAUGACUGACUCACAAAGAAGAGCCAAUUUUUCUGCAAUAUCAAGUCCAAGCAAUGGACUUAAUAAACAUGUGUCGCCAUUGGCAAAUAACAAGCCAGGUGCGACGAAGAAACUUGUGAUCAAGAACUUCAAAGAAAAACCUAAGCUUCCAGAGAAUUUCCAGCAGCACACAUGGGAAAAGUUGAAGGAAUCUGUUGAGGCAAUUCAGAAGAGCACAUCCAUUCGCUGGAGCCUUGAGGAGCUGUACCAGGCUGUUGAAAACAUGUGCUCACACAAAAUGUCUGCCCUGCUGUAUGAUCAGCUAAAGGAAGUCUGUGAUAAACACAUACGAUCUAAUGUGGAACAAUUUAAAGCUGAAAAUGUUGGAUAUGAGCAGUUCCUGAAAAAUGUAGAUGGCUGUUGGCAAGCCCAUUGUCGUCAAAUGAUUAUGAUACGGAGCAUUUUCCUGUUUUUAGACCGAACAUAUGUAUUACAGACAUCUUCUGUGAUGUCCAUUUGGGACAUGGGUUUGGAGCUGUUUCGCACACAUAUUAUGUUUCACCCAGUAGUACAGAAGAGGACGGUGGAUGGCAUUCUACAGCUAAUAGAAAGGGAGAGAGCUGGGGAAGCUGUAGAUCGACAGCUGAUUAAAAGUCUUCUCAGAAUGUUGUCGGACCUGCAGAUGUAUGUGGAUGCAUUUGAGCAAUCAUUCCUGGAAGCCACAGAAAGUCUGUAUGCUGCAGAGGGGCAGCAGCUAAUGCAGGAGAGAGAUGUUCCGGAAUAUCUGGCUUAUGCUGACAAAAGAAUCCAUGAAGAGAUGGAGAGAUUGUUGCAUUACCUGGACAUGUCCACUAAAAAACCACUAGUUAGCUGUGUAGAAAAGCAGUUACUGGAAAAGCAUUUAACACAAAUACUGCAAAAAGGUAUGGACCAGCUGUUGACAGAAAACAGAAUCAAGGAUUUGACCUUGAUGUACCAGUUGUUUUCAAGGGUAAAAGAUGGUCUGAAGGAAAUGUGUACUGCAUUUGCUUUGUAUAUCAAGGUAACAGGAAAGACCAUUGUGAUGAACCCAGACAAUGAUGCAGAGAAGGAUAAGGAUAUGGUGCAGAACUUGCUUGAUUUCAAGGACAAAAUGGACAAUAUCAUUGAAGUGUGCUUUUCUAAAAAUGAGAAGUUUAUCAAUGCUCUGAAGGAGAGUUUUGAAACGUUCAUCAAUCAACGACAGAAUAAGCCAGCGGAACUUAUAGCCAAAUAUGUAGACUCAAAACUGAAAGCUGGAAAUAAGGAGGCCACUGAAGAAGAAUUAGAGAGAUUAAUGGAUAAAAUCAUGGUGCUAUUUAGAUUCAUACAUGGUAAAGAUGUAUUUGAAGCAUUCUACAAAAAAGAUCUGGCCAAGCGCCUCCUGGUGGGAAAAAGUGCAUCAGUGGAUGCUGAGAAGUCUAUGUUAUCCAAACUCAAACAAGAAUGUGGAGCAGCAUUCACAAGCAAGCUGGAAGGAAUGUUCAAAGAUAUGGAAUGUUCCAAAGAUUUUAAUUUGUCUUUCAAACAGCACAUGCAGCACAUAGAUAGCCCGGGUGGUAUUGAGAUGACGGUCAACAUUCUAACAAUGGGAUACUGGCCUACCUACACUCCGAUGGAGGUCCAUUUACCUGCAGAUAUGGUGAAGCUGCAGGAGAUCUUUAAGUCCUUCUUCUACAGUAAACACAGUGGUAAGAAGUUACAAUGGCAGUCUACCCUGGGGCACUGUGUACUCAAAGCCAAGUUUGCAGGGGGAGAGAAAAAGGAACUUCAAGUAUCCUUGUUCCAAACCCUCUGUCUGUUGUUGUUCAAUGAUGGUGAUGAGUUUUCUUUUGAGGAAAUCAAGACAGCCACUGCUGUUGAGGAAGGCGAAUUGAAGAGAACUUUGCAAUCCCUUGCUUGUGGCAAAGCUAGGGUCCUCAUUAAAAACCCAAAGGGCAAAGAUGUUGAGAAUGGUGACAAAUUCUUGUUUAAUGGUGGCUUUAAGCAUAAGCUUUGCCGCAUCAAGAUAAACCAAAUACAGUUGAAAGAGACACCAGAGGAGAAUACCACAACUACAGAGAGAGUAUUUCAGGACCGGCAGUACCAGGUUGAUGCAGCCAUAGUCAGAAUUAUGAAAACAAGGAAGACACUGACUCAUAACCUUCUUAUCUCAGAACUGUACAACCAACUCAAAUUUCCUGUCAAAGUAAGCCAUAUACAGUCAAACAUGCUUAUAACAAAUACACUUAAAACAAAUUCACGUUUAUUGCGAAAUUAUAUUUAUUUCCCUAUGAAAGGAAUUUUAUUGGAUAUAACAAAGUUUGGUUUGGCUAUAACCUUGUUUUACUGUAUAUUUUCUUCUAAAUAUUUUUGUUUUUAGCUCAUCUGAGCCAAAGGCUCAAAUGAGCUUUUCUGAUCAAAAUUUGUCUGUCAGCGUCGUCAUCAGCAUUGGCGUCGUUGUAAACUUUUCACAUUUUCAUUUUCUUCUCAAGAACCACUGGGCCAAUUAUAACCAAACUUGGCCAAAAGCAUAAUCACAAAAAUGCAAAAAUAGGGUGGGGUCAUUUAAAAAUCUUCUUCUCAAGAACCAAUGAGCCAGAAGAGCUGAAAUUUAUAUGAAAGCUUCCUGACAUAGUGCAGAUUCAAGUUUGUUCAAAUCAUAGCCCCCGGUUUUUAAAAAUCUUCUUCUCAACAGCCAAUGAAUCAGAAGAGCAGAGAUUUACAUGAAAGCUUCCUGACAUAGUGCAGAUUCAAGUUUGUUCAAAUCAUGGCCAUGGGGGUAGAUUGGGGCCACAAUAGGGGAUCAAAGUUUUACAUAGAAAUAUAUAUGGAAAAUCUUUAAAAAAAAUUCAUCUUCUCAAGAACCAAUGAGCCAGAAGAGCAUGAAAGCUUCCUGACAUAGUGCAGAUUCAAGUUUAUUCAAAUCAUGGCCCCCGGGGGUAGUUUGGGGCCACAAUAGGGGAUCAAAGUUUUAUGUGGGAAAUUGUGAAUAAAUAGAAAAAACCUUUAUAAAUCAUCCUCUCAAGAACCAAUGGGCCAGAGGAGCAGAGAUUUACAUGAAAGCUUCCUGACAUAAUGCAGAUUCAAGUUUGUAAAAAUCACGGCCUCCAGGAGUAGGUUGGGGCCACAAUACGAACUAAGGUUUUAGAUGCAAAUAUAUAUGGAAAGUCUUCAGAUAUGGGCCAAGGUAACUCAGGUGAGCGAUGUGGUAAAAAUGCUGACUUAAAAUCAACAGCUUGUACUUGUAACACUUGUAUUACAUUUUUCUAUGUUACUGAAAUAAUUCAGGGAUCAUUUAAGAAAUAAAUGUCAUCGGUCUUAGUCCGACGUGGUCCAUUAACAGUUUUACAUUUUUAACUAUUUCUUGAAAACUACGAGGCCAAUCACUACCAUUUUGGUUUGAAGCGUCUAUAGGAUAAGAGGAAUAUCUCCUGAACUACAGUCCCUGAAACGUUCUACUUUUCCACAUGAACAGUGAACGGUACGCAGAGCGAACGGUGAAUGCAUGCAGAGCGAACGGUGAACAUAAUUUGGUGAAGGAUGAGUGCGGCGAGUGCAUGUUGAACGCAAAAUAGGCAAUUCAUUCGGUACAUUCAAGAUUUUUCCGUUGGAUACUACUUAUUUUAUAAUCAGUUAGAGAAUAUAUAUAUAUGUGUGUGUAUAUAUAUAUAUGUCAUACAUGUGGUGUAUAUUGCAAGUGAGAUAAAGCAUUAGCUUUAUCACAUGCUUGUUUGAUAAAGCACUUCCGGUCCGAACCACUUUUGACACUGUCCCCGCUUGAAUGACAUACAUUUCCUGUGUUGAUGCAUAUCGAAGCAUGAAAUAAAGCGUAUAACUUGUUAUGCUGUAUUUAUUUAGAAUUUCUUUUAUAGCAAAAUUAAAAUGAUAUUGCCCCCACUGACAUAUAAUGCAAGUUAUCGGCCAUAAAAAUGUCAACUCGAUCAAUAACUACUAAAAAAUAUUUCGAUAAGAAAACAAAGAGAUGCCCACACUAUUAUCAUCAACAAGUUCGACAUGCUGCGGUACCAAGCAUUCACAAGCACAGUCUCUUUUCUUUGGAGCCAUAUUGAAUGUAAUAUUUCAACAGCUUUACUUACUAAAGUGCCUCAGGAUUUCCUCUUGCCCUCAGAUUCAAAGAAACUAUGUGAAUAAAAUCCAAAUACACACACACUUCUUCUCAUAGUAUAAACUGUUGGACAUUCUAAUAACGCUGCAUUAUAAUAUUAGGCCUAUUUUCAAUGAUUGUUGUUACACAUGUUUAUUUCAAAAAGAUGACGACAUCACACUUUUACCAGAAGGUUAGGCCAACGUCAAAAAAUAAAUACUCGGUCAAUAGUUGGUUUUUUUGUUGGAAUGGCAAAACCAUUAUUAAUCAUAAUGUACAGUGGAACCCCGUUAUUACGUUUUCCAUUUUGUCACGAUAAAAUAACGUAAUACCGGGGGCAACGUAAUAAACGUUCCCAGUGAAAUCCGUUAAAAAUAUCAUUUGGAAAUUGUAUAUCGUCCGUUGGUACUCCGUGAAGGGGUGUGUGAAUAUAUGUUUACUGUUUCUUUGUUUAAAAGACUAUGAUACUUUGUUUUAUUUACAUCUUAUCUUUAAUGUCCGUAAUUCUUCAUGUUCUUAUCCCUUUUCUUUAUUUCAGUGUAGGAUACAUAAGGAUGUUUUGAUAAACGUUGCUUUUUCUGCAUUCGUUUGGACCGCCAUUUUGUUCAACUUUAAAACAAUGCGUUCAUGUAAAUUUCUCUCAAUAACUCGUUCCGGUUCGUAUUCAACAUUUGUAUUAAAAAAUAGCAAAACAUCAUUUUUAUUAAGUUCUCUAAUUACACAAUACACAACACAAUAAAAAAAAAUGCCACCCAAAAAACAACAAAACUAUAGACACAAAACGCACACAAUACCCAACACUUGCACACUUCUCACCAACGAUAAACAUGCACGGAGAACAAUUUAAGUGCAAUCCACAUAAAAAAAAUAUAUAAUGAUGCACCAAGAUUUCAUUUAUAACGCUAAAUGAUGGCACUAAAAUAACGUGCGCAUCAAGGGAUUUUAAAAUAUUCACUGAGGUAAAUGCCGUGCACAAAUCGGCCGAUAGAUUGGUGUAUGUAUGGACGAGAUUUACGAACACCCAAGCUGCAUGUCCAAACAACGAAUAAUUUUUUAAUUGAACACCUUUAGUCACCUAUGUCCAAGCAGUUACCCAAGCGGUUGUAACAUUGCUGCGAUAAAUUUGGUCUUUCUUGUUUGGUACCAAAGCUGUCCGUGAAUAGAGUUUUAAUAGCGAAGGAAAUCACACUAUGCUGAACACGCAGGUGGUUGAAAAAUUAUUUCUUUGAUUAUCAAAAUAUGAAAAAUGAAGUAAAUUUCAUAGAGUACAAUUUCUAAAUAAACAUUAUUUAAUUGUUUAUCACUGGCUUCUAUACGGGGUAUUCACCUGUCUUGAUGUCGCUAGAUCUAUCGAAGCGUGAUCAGUCGAGCGUCUCUAAUCCCCAAACAGACCAGGAAAUUUACGUGGUGACUGCCUCAGGCAGUCAAGGUGUGAAUGGCUUAUUAUUUUGAGAAUCACUAUUGAAUAAUUAGGGGUUUAUUACGUUUUUGUCGGAAUAUUUACAACGUAAUACCGAGUCCCGGCAUUUUAGGACAACGUAAUAACGAGGUCUAUUUAAUAUAAGUUUGUUAAGAAAUGGUUUUGUGCUUUGAAAUUCCAACGUAAUAUGCGGACUAACAUAAUAAAGGGGGAACGUAAUAACGGGGUUCCACUGUAUAUCCUUUCUAAAUCAAUUUUCAUCCAUGGUCUCUUUUAUUAAAAUGCCCUUUGUUAUAUACAUGAAUCAAUUAUAAGGCGCACUGUUUUUUUCCCGCGUAAGGAAGAUUAAUAAUUACGACGCCUGAGCCAUGGAUUCAAAACAAAUUCAAUCAGCUGAUGAAAAUUUGCAUGUACAGAUACAUGUAUACAUGAAAAGUAGAAAAAAAAUUCUAUAAUAUUUAAAAUGCUUGAUGUUUUCAUAAAUCCUAAAUAUUGUUGCGUCAUCUUGGUGUACAUGUAUUACAUUUUGACAUAAGAUACAUAGUAUUUAAUUUCUUGAUACAAGAGAAUAAACAAUGUAUACAGUGUAUGAAGUAAAGGUAGUUUAGUAAUUAGCACCAAAAAUUUACAGGUGUACAUGCAUGACUCCAAAAUCUAUGAGCGCGGUCGUUUGGAUUACAUACAAUUAAAAAACAUCCCUGAAAGGAGUCAAGAUAAAUGCAUUAAACAAACAACACCAUGGUGUUCCGAAUGACAAUGAACAGUGAACGCAUGGCGAACGUUUCCAUGAACGGUGAACGCAAAAACAGUAAACCGAGAGUGCACGGUGAAAGCAUGGUGAGCACACGUUGAACACACUGAAAGUGCAUGGUGAGCGAACAGAAAAAUGGUAAAGUAGAACGUUUCAGGGACUGUAUUAAAGAUUUAGCUUUCUAUUUUGUAUAUAGGUUUCUUAUAGCAAGGUCUUCAUAUCAUACCAUGAUCAAUGACCUUGUGACCUUGGUCUUAUCCAGAAUAGCAAGAUCAUGUUGAUCAUAUUGAUGUUGAGACAUAUAUCUCUGUGUUAUGUGAAUGCAUUUUCAGUUAUGUUGUGAUCCUUUGGAGUUAAGUUGGGGCCACAAUAUGGGAUCAAAAAUUUUCAUGGGAAUAAAGAUUGAUAAUAAAUAAUCUUUUAAAAAUCACAACAGCUGAACAAUGGCAGGGCCAAGGUGACUCAGGUGAGUGAUAUGGCCCAUGGGCCUCUUAUUUGAGAAAGUUUACAUGGUUAAGACAUUGACAUAAUGGGGAAAAAUAUUGAGCAUGUCUGGAGGAAAUCAAAAUUUAAGGUAUUCAUUGUAUAAGAAAGGAUAUCACAAACACAUCUUGUUGUGUAAAACAAUUAUAGAGGAAGGCAACCCAAAAAACAUUUACGGGAUAAAUGAUAGGAUUAAUUAUUUGAUAAACAAGAUGUGUUUGUGAAACACAAAUGCCCCCGAUAAUGGCCAAUUCCGAAGAUGGCCAAGGUCAUAAGGACAAAUAUCUUGGUACCAGUAGAAAGAUCUUGUUACAAGAAAUGCUCAUGUACAAUAUGAAAGCUCUAAUAUUUACCAUUUAGAAGUUAUGACCAAUGUAAAAAAAAAUUAAAAGUAGGUCAAGGUCAAAAGGUUUAGUACCAACGGAAAGGUCUUGUCACACGGAACACUCACGUGAAAUAUCAAAGCUCUACCACUUACUGUUCAAAAGUUAUAAGCAAGGAUAAAGUUUUCAAAAAGUAGGUCAAACUCCAAGGUCACAGGGUAAAAAAUGUUGGUACCCACGGAAAGGUCUUGUCACAAGGAAUACUCAUGUGAAAUAUCAAAGCUCUAUCACUUACUGUUCAAAAGUUAUUAGCAAGGUUAAAGUUUUCAAAAAGUAGGUUAAACUUCAAGGUCACAGGGUCAAAAAUGUUGGUACCCACGGAAAGGUCUUGUCACGAGGAAUACUCAGGUGAAAUAUCAAAGCUCUAUCACUUACUGUUCAAAAGUUAUUAUCAAGGUUAAAGUUUCAGACAGAAUGACGGAAUGACAGACAGGACAAAAGCAAUAUGCCCCCGAUCUUCGAUCUCAGGGGCAUAAAAAUUGUCAUACUAUACUGUUGAUAUACGGCCUAGAUAAGCUUCAGUACUCAUUUGAAAACGUUAAAAAUUGAAAAUCCCACUAUCUAUAGAGGCUGCCAUGAUGUGGAAGUCUUUUUUUAUUCAUGACCACAAAAAUCAAUAAUUUUGAUGUCACACCGUGUGUUCCGCGGUUUUGAUAAGAUUUUAAGAUUAUCAUCGAUGUGCAUGUGUUAGAUUUUAUGAAUAAAUAGGUUGAUGCCUUUCUGUCAAGCAGUGAAUUACACUAAUGCGAAGGAGAGAUGUGAAAAAAGUGUGGGGUUUUUUUCUUCGAAAUUCCUGACCCAACCAAGUCGUCUGAAAAGAAGAGACUUUGUAAAUUGUGGAUCCAUCAUUUGCUUAUAAUGACAGGUUUAGGUUUGAGACAUUUAUAUGAAGAAACGUUUACCGUCUGCCUGGUCUGCGACUCGACUGAACUUCUUUUCUUAAUUUCUUCUUGCAAAAGAACGGGCUCAAACUUAUACAGCUCCAAACUUAACUGUUUGUGACUCGUCAUGUUUACAGUGCUGCUGAUGAAAUAAACCGGAACCGACAGUGUGACUUCAUAAAUAAAACUUUAAUGGCCGCUCUCUUAGCGACGGGUAAUUCAAAAUAUAUGAUGGAUUAAUAAUGAUUUAAUCGUUAAGCAAAGAUUUUUGUUGUUUUGACUGUCAUUUACAAUAUCAGUAUUAAGUGAUACUUUAUUCACAAGAGCAACAAUGUGGUUAUAAAUAACAUCUUCUUUAGUGCUAUAAAUAACAUCUUCUUUAAGUGCUAUUGAAACUAAAUGGAUAUGUAGAAAGAACAGGUUAUCCUUUACCAAAAUUGUAAAUUUGAUUAUCCCAGGGGUAGGGGUUUUGGUAUUAGGGUGCCAGGGGCCAAAAUGGUCAGUUAUUAUAUGUGUGAAUAAUACAAAUUUUUAACUUUUUCUUGACAACUGCCAUUCCAAUUCUUUUACAAUUACGUAUGAAGCAUCUUUAGGACUAGGGGGACAUAAGUUGUAAAUUUCAGGACUCCUGCACCCCUGGGGCCUUGGGAAAGGGCAAAAAUUUACCAAUUUUCAAAAAUUUUCUUCUCUACAACUUCAAAUGUGUAAGAGAAACUAAAUGCAUGUGAUGUUGAGCAGAAAGGCCUCUACCAAAAUUUUAAAUUUCAUUAUCCCUGAGAUAGGGGUUCUGAUCCCAGGGUGGGGCCAAACUUAGGAUAUGGUGUUUAGGUGUAAAACAUUUAAAUAACAUCUUUAGUGCUAUUGAUACUGAAUUGAAACUAAAUGGAUAUUUAGAAGGAAUAGGUAGUCCUUUACCAAAUUGUAAAUUCCAUAAUCCUAGGGGGUAAGGGUUUGGUUUCAGGGUGGUGUCAAAAUUAUUAUAAUGAUUUGAAGGACUGUCACUGUAUAAAAUUUAAAAGCAUACAUAGGAAUAGCAAAAAAGGAUGUACAAACAUGAUGAAUUUCACAACCAAGGGUUUUGACUCUAGGAUGGGUCCAAAUUAGUCAUCUCUUUCAAUGUUAAUACAUAUAUUAUGUAAAAACCUUUCCAUCAGUGUAUGCACUUUUGAGAGCAUUGAAGUUUUAAGAACACAUCUUGUGUUGUACUGUUGCUGAACAUUAGAAUUUAGCUUUAGACAUUAAGAACAGGAAACUUUUUCUAAAUUCCAUAGCCCUUGGGAGUAGUGAUACUUUUCACUAAUUCUCAGGUAACCGAUAAGGCCUGUGGGCCUCUUGUUUCUUUUUCACUAAUUUUAAAGUGUAAUCGAUGUCGGAUAACGGAAACUUACGGGCGGUUUUAUCCCCCUCCCCCUAAAUAUUUGAAUUUAGAUUUUUAUCAUUCAUCGAUGUCUUGAUCUUGCCCCUAAGGUAUUUCAAAUGGUGAGCAAAAAUUUGAAUUUUGAAUUUUACAAGGUAAUUCUGAACACAAUGAAAUAGUUCCUUCGUGUUUAGCACAUCUCAUUUUGUUUUUCACAUAUUUUCUAUUAAGCAAUCUAUAUACAAACAAAAACAUGGCACAGGCCUUGUUUACUUCGCACUUCUGAGUGCUGUACUAUCUCACUUGUAACUCAACAAAUGAUAUUCAAAUUUUAGUUGACCAUUAGAAAAGCCUCAGUUAAGCAUUGUAGACAAUAAAAAUGGAAAAAUAAAAUUUUAAUUUUCAGCUCAAACCCUGUCCAUGCCCCUUUAAAUCCAAUUGCCUAGCUUAUUAGCUCAGUAGGUUAAUGUGUGGACUGCUGAUCUGUAGGUCAUGGGUUCGAAUCUAGAAAGAGUUAUAAUUCAUUUCCAGAUUAUUUUCUACUAAAACUGCAAUUUUAACUAUAUGCAGUAAAUUUGAAUUUUUAUGCCCCCGAGAUUGAAGAUGGGGGGGCAUAUUGUUUUUGUCCUGUCUGUCAUUCUGUAAUUCUGUCAUUCUGUCUGAAACUUUAACCUUGCUAAUAACUUUUGAACAGUAAGUGAUAGAGCUUUGAUAUUUCACAUGAGUGUUCCUUGUGACAAGACCUUUCCGUGGGUACCAACAUUUUUGACCCCUUGACCUUGGAGUAUGACCUACUUUUUGAAAACUUUAACCUUGCUAAUAACUUUUGAACAAUAAGUGAUAGAGCUUUAAUAUUUCACAUGAGUAUUCCUUGUGUCAAGACCUUUCUGUGGGUUCCAACAUUUUUGACCCUGUGACCUUGACCAUGGAGUUUGACCUACUUUUGAACAAUAAGUGAGAGCUUUGAUAUUUCACAUGAGUGUUCCUUGUGACAAGACCUUUCCGUUGGUAUUAAACCUUUUGACCUUGACAUUUAACUUCUAAUUUUUUUUUUUACAUUGGUCAUAACUUCUAAAUGGUAAAUAUUGGAGCUUUCAUUUUAUACAUGAGCAUUUCUUUUGACAAAAUCUUUCUACUGAUACCAAGAUAUUUGCCCUUGUGACCUUGGGCAUCUUUGGAAUUUGCCAUUAUCGGGGGCAUUUGUGUUUCACAAACACAUUUUGUUUCUCUAAAUUUGAAUUUUUUCAACUUUAAAAUAUCACACAUAUCCUCUACUCUCCAUCCAUAUCUCUCAAGUGUUCCUACUGAAACUUCCAAAGAAAUUUGUUUGGGCCACAGCAUAUUAGCA